GCCUAAGUAUCAGUACUCUUGUCCAAGGUUAGAUGAGAAUAGAAGACAUGAUUACUACUGGCACAUUAAGAUGUUAUUAUCGAUUCUAACUUAAUAGCUUACGGUGAUCAGAGUCCUGUCAAAAAAAUGUUACAUGCUCCAACAAUGAAACUUUAUGUUGUAAAAGAAGUAAUUCAAUAAAUUGAUAUUUAGGAACCAUUACACAACAAGGAAAUUCGUAAAAACUUAAAAGACUGGAUCUCCUUUUGGUAGAACAAAUUUGCUAAUUCAAAUUUACAUGUAUAAGUAUAUGCUACUUUUUGGAAUACUCCUGAAGGAUAUGUAUCUAUUGUUAUGGAAUAUAUGAAUGGUGGUUCAUUAUAAGUAAACAUUAAUUUCUAAUUCCUAGAAUCUUUUAGAAAGUAUGGGUUUUCUUCCAGAGAGAAGUAUCAAAUAGCUUGUUCCACCUAUUCUAUAAGGAUUAUAAAAAAUCCAUUAAUAAGGAGCUUAAUGUCAUGGUGCACUUGGACCAUCAUAAAUACUUUUCCUUAGAGAUGGUUCUGUUAAACUUGGGCAAGGUUUGUAAUAUAGAGUUUAAGUCUAAGGAAAUCAAUUAUUUAAUUCUUAUAUUCUAGGUAAACCUAAAGAUGUCUAGAGGUAUAUUAUUUAAUUUUAUCAGUAGUCUUUAUGAUCCAACAAUUCUAGAAACACCUUCUUUAUGGAGUAAAGCAUCAAGUGAAAAAGUUCAUUUCCCUGCUCAAGAAGACUUUAUUCUUGAAAGGGCUAAUGAUAUUUGGAAAUUAGGAUGGCUAGUUCUUAAUUGUGCCAUUGGUACUCUUGAAUUCCAUCCUAAAGCUUAAUUAAUCUAUGAAGGAUCAAGAAUCAUUAUUGAAGAAAUCGCUAAAUAUACUGAUUAACUCAAAGAUACUUGUUGUUUACUACAUAGUGAAGCUAAGAUCAUUUCAUUAGUAGAAUCAAAUUAAAAGAUACCUUCUGAACCUAACAAAAUUACUAUUCUGGAAUUACUUCCUUCUGAUAAAUUUAGUCAAGAAUUUAUUCAAUUUUUAUGUUCCACACUUAAAAUAGAUCCAAGAUAAAGACUUUACACUGAAUAAUUAUUAUAACAUCCCUGGCUUGUUGGAGGUAGAGAACCAAAAGGUAUACUUUCGUUUUUUAUUGUAGGACCUAAUGUAUAACUUAAAGAAUUACUUAAUAUUUCCAAUGCUUGGAAUGCAUUCCUACCAGAAGAAUUUUAAGGUUAAGGAGCAUAAAAAUUGGAAAGACUUUGUGAUGCUCUAUGUCUUGUAUUACAAAAUUCAGAAAAACCAACUGUCAAUAAGUAUCACCUACUCUCUUAUCUUUUAGAAUGCAAUUAUAAGAAAACAGUCCAAUUAUUAAAGAACUAUCCUAUGAUAUGGGUCUUAAUUCUAAAGCCGUCAGUGAUCGAAUUGUGUAAAUUUUCCAACCCUUUAUUUGAUCUGGC